AAAGGCACACGCAAUGUCAGGGUGUCAAUUUGCUAUGCUAGGCCCAUUUGUAUCUUUUCUAUUCGAUUGUGAUUCGGUGUGAUGAUUUUUUAUAUCUUCUUCUUUUCGAUUCUCCCUCCUGUCCUUUCAAUUCCAUAUGCUGGGUCUUAUUUUUUUCUUUUAUUUCUUUUCCUACUACCCCCCGGCUUUCCCUCUUGCUGUUACUACUAUGUAGCCUGGCCUGAUAUCACUACUCCUCGUUUCUUGAUUUACAUCUGUCUCCAUUACACCCGCCUUUUCUCCAGACAAUGAAGGAUUAUUUGCAGACUGUACCUUUCUCUCCAAUCUCCGUAGAUUGUCGACCUAAGUUUAAUUUACGCUCUACGGACUUUUUCCUUCCUUCCUUCUAUCAU